AUGUCAUCAUGCCCAUGCGGACCAGAUUGCAAAUGCCCACAAGAUUGCCCAUGCCGUACAGGCGGUAAAUGCGUUUGCAAGGAAGAUUGCGCUUGCCACAAGGAAGGUGGUUGCUGCAAGAAGGAGGGUUGCUGCCAGAAGAAGGAAGGCUGCUGCUGCCAGAAGAAAGACUAA